AUGCACUCUAAAUUUCAGGAAGAAUGCGGUCGUCAUGGUUGCGAAUAUUCUGUGGUGAAUUUCCCUUCUGAUACGGCGUCAGACAUUCUAUCCCAUUCGCCUACUCGGGGUACAAGUGACACUCAUGUGGUACAACAGUGCGAGUUAGAGUACCGUACCAGAAGACCGAUUAUACAUUUCGGAUCGCAAGGCCGUCCAAUACAUGUACCCACCAUCAACAUACAAGUUUUCAAUCUAGGCGACGCGAAAUUUCCCGAAUCUUGUCUAGCAAGGGGAAUGGGCGGGCAAAUGUUAACUACCUCUUUGGAUAGCGUCCAAAAUGCCGAUAUUUUGCCGAAGACCACAAACGGCAUCGAAAGCUCAGUACCACCGACAGAAUUCUAUUCACGAUGGAUGACAGAUCGUGCAUCCGUGCUUGAGCCCGCACACUCCACGAAUCGUUCCUGUUUGGGUAUUGUUAAUUACUUUGCAAAGGAGAUACACGUGAAGGAACGGAAGAUCAGCGCCCGUGGAGAAGCGGAAUUCUCGGGCGCAGACUUUGGUUCGUUGUUCUACUUAGUUUUCAUUGUCAGGGAGGCUCUCCGAUUCCAUCCAGCGGUGUUCCAUGUUUUCAAAACAGAAUGCGACGACAUCAUACCUUUUUCCAAGCCCAUCACAACUUCUGGUAAAGUUUUUCAUGAGAUACCGAGGCCGAAAGGACAAAAAAAAAAACCCUCCGUGGUUGCAUAUAAUCAACCCUUAAUCCAGAUUGAUAGCUUGAUGGCCGACAUAAGAAAAGGCGCUUUCAUGGGCGUCUACCCUAGAUUGACGUUUUCCGCUGGUAUCUAUCGUUGGUCUUCCUCUUAUCCAUUCAUGCAAUACAAUCGGUCCUGGAUUCAAGAACCCCAAUCCGUCCUCGCUGAAUUGUUGAACAGCUUCUACUUCUCUCCCACACCGAAAUCACAACUGAUUUGA